AUGGAGCCUCCCGAGGAGAAGAUUUCGGUGUGGAUCUGCCAAGAAGAGAAGAUCAUUUCUGGCCUCUCCCGCCGUACCACUUGCUCCGACGUGGUCCGGGUGCUCCUGGAGGACAGCCGCCAGCGGCGGCAGCAGCAGCAACCUCGGCGGCGGCGGCGGCGACGGCGGGCACGAGAAGAGGGAGGCGGAGAGGCAGAAGGGGACCCGCGGGGAGGGGAGCCGCAAGAGCCGGAGGAGGACGAGGAAGAGGCGCCCGCGCAAGGCAUGCUCUGGGGACCCCCUCAGUGCUACUGCAUUGUGGAGAAGUGGCGGGGCUUUGAGCGGAUCCUGCCCAACAAGACGCGCAUCUUGCGCCUCUGGGCCGCCUGGGGAGAUGAGCAGGAAAAUGUGCGCUUCGUCCUGGUGCCCAGCGAGGCGUCUCUACCCAACACGGGGCCCCGCAGCGCCGAAGCCCGGGUGGUGCUCAGCAAAGAGAGUCCGUGCUCGGGCCGGGGGGCCGCAGCCCGGCCAAGCCGGGCCCUGACGCAGGAGAAACAGCGGCGUGUGGUGCGCAAGGCUUUCCGCAAACUAGCCAAGAUCAAUCGGCGUCGCCAGCAGCAGCCACCGUCCCCUUGCUCGUCCACCUCUACGUCGUCCUCCACAGCCUCGUCGUCUUCCUCUCCCCUGACCCAGGACAGCGCUUCAGGCGAGAGGAUGGAGACCCUGGUGCACUUGGUGCUGUCCCAGGACCACACUAUCCGCCAGCAGGUGCAACGGAUCCGAGAGUUGGACCGGGAAAUCGACCGCUACGAGGCCAAGGUGCACUUAGACCGCAUGAGGCGGCACGGCGUGAACUACGUGCAGGACACUUACCUGGUGGGGGCUGUCGCUGAGCUGGACGGGUCGGGGACCCUGAAGAAGGGCCCAGACGAGGAGCCUCCUCCUAGCAACGAAGGGGGCCCCGAGGCUGCGGCACUCGCGGAGUACGCCCGUCGGUGCGACCAGAUGCUACAGCUUCAGGAACAGCGAGCUCAACAGGAGGAGCUGCUGGAGCGCGUGGCAGCUGAGAUCCAGGAGGAACUGAACCAGAGAUGGAUGCGGCGGCGCCAGGAGGAGCUCUCGGGGCAGCUGGGCCCGGACGCCGAAGGCAGCCCCGAGGGCGAGCUCCUGUUGGAGCAGGAGAGGCUGAAGACGCAGCUCAGCACCAGCCUCUACAUCGGCCUGAGGCUCAGCACCGACCUAGAGGCGGUCAAAAGCGACUUGGACUACAGCCAACAGCAGUGGGAACUCAAGGAGAGAGAGUUGCAGAGUCUUUUAGAGACUUUGAACUCUUUAGACUUCAUGCCGAGCCCGGACGGGGCCGGGGAGCCCGGUUCCAGAGCUCCAGACCAAGAAGCGGGCGGGGAUCGGGCUCAUGAGGAGGCAGCUGCUGCUGGCGCGGGACCCAGCCCCGGCCCCGAGGUGUGGGUGGACCAGGCCCGGGGUCUGGCCAAAGGCUGCCAGGGCAACGAUGAAGACUCGGACACAGGGCUGAGCUCCAUGCACAGUCAGGACUCAGACUCUGUCCCGGUCUGUGAGUCUCUCGUGUAAGAGAAAAGAUAGGUGGGAAGGUAGGAAGAAAGUGGUUUAGUCACCAAAAGUACGAGCCAGCUCAGGGAUCCCAUGGGGUGGUAGGAGUACCUGCUGCCGCCCCUUCUACCAGGCCUAGUGGGGUGUGUGCUGAGGGGGCAUCCUCACAGUUUGGGCUAGGAAGGGCCAGAUAAAGGGCAUCUCUUUUUAAAAGGUUAGUUUUGUACCCAACCCAAACUUCAGCUGCAGAAGAGGGGAGUGGGAGGUAGAAUGGACAUCCGACUAACUGAGGAACCUUGGGUCCCAAGGGAAAUGGUCCAGGCCCAUUUUCAAAAGAGUAUUAUGUGGAUUUCACUAAUUUUCAUUAUAGUGAAGUCUUUAAAUGGCAUUUCUGGGAACAGUGACAAUUGGAAUACCAGUUUAGGGCAUUAGGUACUUUGGUUGGUAAAGAAAUUCCUUGAAUUUUAAUUGUAGCUCCAACUUGUUAAAACUAGCCAAAGAAGAGGCAUUUGUGUUGGUCUCAGCCUUACAUCCUGGAGAAAACACACAGCCCUGGCUAUUAACAUUUUUCAGCUGAUACUAGACUUACCCAUGUCCUGCAUUUUUGGCCCUUUUAUUUCACUUCUGAGGCUGACCUAAAACCUCAGCUCUCUCGCUCCAGAGUUCAUACAGUGCAUUCCAACAGAAUCUGAGAUGUAAAAUCCUGGAAAGCCUGACUCUGGUUAAAAUUUAAUUUGGAAGCUUUGAGAUUUGGUCUUGCAAAGUCAAGUAUUUUGUCCUUUUGCAAUUCAUUGUGCUACUUCCAUUAAGUUACAUUCCACAAGUCUUUGUUAAGCAGCUACUAUGUG